AUUACUACUACUACUCUACGAAGAAGAUGAAGAAGAUGAAAAGCGAAAAAAAAAAAGAAAAAAAAAAAAGGAGUUUGAUAUGAUUCUAUGAUAACUCUUUACUCUGUGACAGAGAGUGAAAAAUUAAUUACGGAGGCCUCUGGAGUCAUGUGAUGCUAUUACCUUCCUCCGUCUCCGUCCUCCCUUAGGGACCCCACCAUCGCAGAGCUUUUUAAGUAAGCCCACCUUCCUCCCCGCUUUCCAAUUCGCUCUCAGAAAUUCUUUUUCCCCCAAUUUCCCUCUCUCCCGCCCUCUGUACUCUCUCUUCCCCUGCUUUCCUUCCCACUUUAGCACCCUACAAAAUUGACAUUACCUCUGUCUCUUCUAAAUCCAAUUGACCUAUUGAUUUUGUUUUUUCCAACUGGGUGUGUAACGUAAAGUGUUUAUUGGUCUUUAAAGAAAAAUUGACUGAAUCCGAGGAUGGUGAAAAUGGGUUUCCUCUGCUUCAUUGUUGCUCUGCUCUGUUUUUCCAUGGCGGUUAACGCUAGAAUUCCCGGUGUCUACACCGGUAGCCCCUGGCAAAGCGCCCAUGCUACUUUCUAUGGUGGCAGUGACGCCUCUGGCACCAUGGGUAUUUCGUUUUUUUUCUGUUCAUUUUCUUGCACGCCUCUGUAAAUAUGGCCUAUUAAUUACUCUGUUCAUUCUUAGACGUACAUUUUAGCCCAGUAAAAAAUGCGGCCCUUGAAACCCGUAUAACCCAAGAGUUAGACUAGAUCUGCAAAAAAUUAACCUCAAUCUGUUCUUAUUAUAGUUGUUUUAAGUGAGUGUCCAUCCAUGGAUGCAUGGUCACUGAUUUACUUGUGUGUUUGUUUGGUUAAUGUUUUAGGCGGUGCGUGUGGGUAUGGCAAUCUGUACAGCCAAGGCUAUGGAGUGAACACGGGAGCACUCAGCACGGCGCUUUUCAACGAGGGGUUAAGCUGUGGAGCCUGUUUUGAGCUCAAAUGCGCCGGUGAACCUCGGUGGUGUCUUCCCGGCAGCCCUUCCAUCUUCAUCACGGCUACAAACUUUUGCCCCCCGAAUUAUGCUUUACCCAACGACAAUGGUGGAUGGUGUAACCCUCCUCGACCCCACUUUGACCUUGCUAUGCCCAUGUUCCUCAAGAUUGCUGAGUACCGUGCCGGCAUCGUCCCUGUCAGCUACCGUAGGAUUCCGUGCAGGAAGCAAGGAGGAAUAAGGUUCACUGUUAACGGAUUCCGGUACUUCAACCUGAUUCUGAUCACCAACGUGGCGGGAGCUGGGAACGUGGUACGCGCCAGCGUGAAGGGUACCAACACCCAGUGGAUGCCGUUAAGCCGGAACUGGGGGCAAAACUGGGAAUCCAAUGCUCAGCUGACCGGUCAAGCACUUUCCUUUAGAGUCACAACCAGUGACCGUCGAACAUCAACCUCCUGGAACGUGGCACCUCCUAAUUGGCAGUUUGGGCAGACCUUCGUCGGCAAGAAUUUCAGGGUUUAACAUUUUCCGACUUAAAAAACCACGACUACUACUUUAUUUCUUCUUAAUUAGUAGCAGUUAUUAACUAAAUUAAUCGUAAAACCAGUAGUAAACCCCUGCCUUUAAUUUUCCCUUUUUUCCUUGGGAAAAUAUGGUAGGAUAUUAGUAGUAGUAAACCCUGCCUGUAAAAGGAGUUUUACUUGCAUGGAGUAAGUAUUACCACCUUUGUCGAGGUUUCGUUUUUAUGUUUUAACCUUUUUGUCUGCCCUUUUUGUGAGUGAACCCGGAAGGAAAUCAGAAAGGGUAUGUAAUAGUGUUAUUAUACGAGGUGAAGCGGCUGCGGAAUAGGGGAUAACUUCUGGCAGCCCGCAUCUCUGAAAUCAAAUUUCCGAUAUGGUUUCAGUAGUCGUGAUUAAAGUUUAAUGCAUUAUGCUAGUGUUUUUCUUUCCCAUGGAUUAGGAUUCAAAAUAAGAUGUUAAAAGAUUGAUCAUGUAUGAUGGUUCAAAAAUGGAAUCUAAGUAGCACUACUAUUUAGUUCUUGAUGAUUCCCGUUUACGCAAUUCAUUUAACUCUGAUUGAAAAGCAAACUUAUUAAACACAUCUGCCCUGCUAAAAAGUGGACGUACAAUUGGAAUUUAAACAUAACAGUUUCUAAGUACUAUCAAAUUAAUUUCGAGUCUUAAUAACUAAUUGAAAAACUGGUUUUGCUGGCAGAUCAAGUACUUCUUGCCCAGGUGUUUCAAACUCGUGGAUGGACCCUUUUUCAAACCAACAAAUCUAUGCCAGAGUUCACACCAGCAAAUUGCAUGAGUUUCAGCAUUAGGAUAUAUUGAUAAGAUCCCAGUUGAUCAUCAACCCUCCAAUGAAUGAGAAAAAAGCAGAUCAUCAUCAUUGUCAAAUCUUGAAGGCAUUAAUUCGUAAAAUGAGAUCAGUAAAAAUAUCUAGAUAUAGUUCUGAACGUACCUGGCAAGAGUAGCAGAUGCUGAUUUUAUCGGAAACGAAAAAAAAAAAAAAAAAGAACAAACAACCGCCGGGGGAUGCAAAUGGCCAAUCAGCAAUUAUUCCUCCUCUGAUUGUCUGAGGAUUAGUAAAAGGCCAAACACAAGGAGGGAGCAAAGCACCAAGUUCGAAAGUUGUACUCCUAGCUAAGAGCAAUAAAAUAGACAGAUAUAUACCUUAUCGAAGAUAUGAAAGAUAUGAUCAUAUAUAAUCAGUAUUCAGUACAUAUAUCAAUUUAGCAAUACGCGUCGGGACUCAGGACCACUUCUCACCAUUGCCGCCCAGAAUCACUCUCAAGAUUUUGAUUCUCAAUUUUUGGUUCUUUUUCUCCGGUUGAACUUCAUACUUGUAC